GGGAGGAGGGGCAGGCACCACCAGAGAAUGAACGAACUCUAUAGAUGUGUAUUGAUGAAAGUCACACUUGUAAACGCGAGCGUCGUCCGAUACUUCGCAGUAGAAAGUAGCAGAUGUAGCAAAUAAAUUAUUAGACGACGAGACUAAAACCCAAGGACCUUUCAAUUGGUUGAAUUUCAUAAUUCGCUAGUUCAAAGGGGUAUAGGCUACACAUGCUUUAUACACGAAUUUGAAAUUGUCGCCACAAGGUCGCCGCUGUGCGCAAGACACACGGCAAUUGAAGAGUAGUUGAAGUGAGCUUGUAAAAGGCCUGGUGCAUGAUGGGAUCUUUUCGCCGGCCCCGUCCGCGCUUCAUGAGCUCGCCCGUGCUGACGGACCUCGCCUGCUUCCACGCCAGCUCGGUCGGCCAGCAGCUGUCCAACACCAGUGUCUGGAAUAGCGUCCAAACAGCCGUGAUCAAAGUGUUCCAGGGUGGAGGGUUGCAAGCGAAUGAGCUUUACACCCUCAAUGAGAGCAUCAGAUGGCUCCUCAAGACUGAGUUGGGCUCGUUCAUCACAGAGUACUUCCAGAAUCAACUCUUGACCAAAGGCCUGUCACAUAUUCUGGAGAAGAUUAGACUUUAUGAGGGUGACAGUCAACUCCUUAUCCUGUCUGAGAUGUGGGUCAGGUUCUUCACUGGGAUCUUGCCCACGCUCCAGGCUAUAUUCUAUCCUGUUCAGGGUCAGGAGCUUACCGUCAGACAGAUGGCUCUACUGGGCUUCAGAGACCUGGUCCUGUUGAAGCUCUCCCUGGAAGACCUACUACCCAUUGCCACAGUCCCCCCAGCCAUCACACAAAUGCUGCUGAUUCUGCAGGGCAUCCAUGAGUCUAACGGGCCCAGUCAAGAGUACUAUCAGCUAGAGGGAUUGGUCGAGACAGUCAUCUCGCCUUACCUGGGGAACGUCCUCCACGUUAGCAACACCAACUGCUUCGUAGAAUGCCGAGCACCACUUUCCAGGUUAAGAGGAGUGGCACAACCAGAGAUCACUGUUACUCAUCAUCAUGCCUCAGACUCCUCCUCUCUGGCUCCCCUAGUGGAGCAGGAGGGGGAAUCCUAUCUGGAGAAGGUGGGAGGAGUCCGACGCCACACAGUGGCCAAUGCACACUCCGACAUACGGCUGCUCUCAGCUUCUGGCAGGAUGCAGCCUGGGAUGGAGGAGGACAGUGGUGGCGGUGGUGGGAACGGGAUGGCAGGCAACGGCAUGCUGCCCAGGCCUUUCUCCAGCCAUCCAGACAUCCUGGAAUCCCCACUGGGAGUGGUGGGGCCCUUUAGAAAGCAGAGAUCGACUGAAAUCAGCUGCGAUCCUCCCAGCUAACCAGUGAUAGCAGCUGGAGACCAUUGUUGUUAUUGAUUCCUGGAAACUGAGGGGAUAAAAAAACAUCUCUGAGUGCGAGCAGGGUGGUCGGGUGGAGUCCCUGUCACCCAAGGGCUUUCCCUCCUCUGUGCUCAGAGGCCAAAAUGUGGAAACAGUUGAUUGUUUACGUACAGCUCUGUUACCCGAAUUGCCAACAUGUCAGAUCAAUUCACAUUAUUUUAUUCCUGGGACGCAUUCCUCGGUUGGAACUGAUUGAUGACAGGCAUCUACCGUAACAGCUAGUGUUUUUACCCUAUUUAACCUCUCAUAAGGACACAGGGGACAGUGAGAUCUGAGCCUCAUGUAAAGAAAGUAUAUUUGUGACUGACCGCCUCCAUUUGGUCUUUUGUAACAUUGUUUUAGUAUUUUUAUUUUUUACAUUAGAUAAAAGUUGACUCCCUAGACUCACAGCUAGAAAAACUGUAUAUCAUACACUGCAGUUGAGGAACAAACGGGAAAGUAAUUCUGCUUUGAAAGUUGAAAAACUUGUAACCCCACUUUUGAGAAAAUGGUCCUUGAAUGUUUGGUACACGAGCUCUUCUUAUUCCACACCCAUUCAGCAUCGUUUACAUCCUCUUAAGACUUAGCCCAACCAAUCUCUUUCACGUGUGAGGCAAUGUGCUAAACAGUGAGUAUGGUAGUGUACAACCAAAGAUUUCAAGACUAAAGGCUGGUUUAUACUACAUCUAUCAACAGUUGUCACAGUGACAUCAUGAACAUUCUAUUGUCGUCCGACAUCAAACUUGUCAUUGUUGUUCUGAAAAAUUAUUAACAAAACAAAAUGACAUCAUGCAUGACUUCAGCAGCCUGGGGGUCCAAAAUAGCAUAACUGGUGCGUAAUUAACACCAAUAAACCCAUCCUUUUAAAAAUUAAAAGCAACUUUCUAAACAAUGUUUUUGGGUAGUUUCUAGCCUGUUAGAAGGUGUAAACGGUACAGUGAAAUGGUUACUUGAAUAGUGGAGUCUUUGGUUUAGACAUGUAGCUAGCUAGCUAAACAAUGAACCAUAAUCCCAACUCAUAACAUUACUACCCUGCAUGAAUCUACAGGUAGAUAAAUCUAACCAACUAGCUGGGUUCAAUGUUAGCUAGCUAGCUAACAUUAGGCUAUAACUAGCAAUACAAAUGGCUCUGAGAUAUGCAUAACGUUACUACACAGAUCAUACAUGUAACAUGAACUUGCGCCAGACAGCUAAUGUUAGCUAGCUAACAGUAAGCUUUAACUUGCAAUGAAAAUUACUUUCUGACUAAAUAUAUCUGAAAAUGUAGCAAGCUACAUGGAUGAACGUUUCUCCAUCUCUGUCACGGAUGCCAUGCUUGCCCUUAGUUUCAAAUCAUUUUUUAAAUUUGUCACAUACACAUGGUUAGCAGAUGUUAAUGUGAGUGUAGCGAAAUUCUUGUGCUUCUAGUUCUGACAAUGC